AGGCGCGAAGUUAAAAAGAGGCUAAAAUUUCUCUCUCACACACACAAAGUAAAAUCCCUAAUUCUCAUUGCUCAAUAUCUUCAAUCCCUAAAUCUCACCUCUCUCAAUAUAUUGUUUGCGUACAACUGCUGUUUAAAUUAACCACAAGUUUCUUUAUCCUUCAACAGUUACGGCACCAAGUAAGCAAUGGAUGCAACUUGUUGAUAAUCGACUUAGUGAAGCCCACUUAAUCGGGGUACAAAAGCUUUUGGAUUAUGCUUUUCAAAGAACAGGAGAAUUGUAUGAAAUACGAUGUCCCUGUGUCAAGUGUUGUAACACAACAUUAGGAACAUGUGAGACUGUUGAGACACAUCUGAAAGUAUAUGGAAUAAUCUAAAAUUAGACUUUUUGGUAUCACCAUGGGGAAGUUUUAGGUGAGCCGCUGUCGAAAUGCGAAGAUGAUAAUGAAGUAGAGGAAUGUGAGAGUGAGGAUGAAAUACAGGAAAUUUUGAGAUGUUUAUAUCCUAAUCUUGGUGAACGCACUGCAAACAGUGGUUGUGACGAUUUACCUAAAGAGGAACCGAAUGUUGAAGCAAAAGUUUUUUAUAGCCUAUUGAGAGAUGUCGAGAAGCCACUAUACCAAAGUUCAAAAGUCUCAAAGCUUUCAACUUUGAUUAAAUUGCUUCACAUAAAAAGUAUGGGUCGUUGGAGCAAUGAGUCAUUUACAAUGUUAUUGAAAAUGUUAGAAGAGGAGUUGUUGCCAGAUGGAGCAAAUUUACCAAAUUCAUAUUAUGAGGCAAAGAAGGUAAUUCGGGACCUUGGGUUUUCCUACCACAAGAUUGAUGCUUAUGUAAAUGAUUGCAUGUUAUACUGGAAGGAGGAUAACUUACUUGAUUCUUGUAAAGUUUGUGGUGCGUCCAGAUGGAAAAUAGAAAAACCUAGCUGGGAAACAAAGAAUAGAAAAGGUAAAAAGAUAGCAUCAAAGACUUUACGCUAUUUUCCGUUAAAGCCUAGGCUACAAAGGUUGUUUAUGUCUACAAAGACAUCUUCUUUAAUGACAUGGAAUCAUGAUGAAAGAGUUGAUGAUGGAAUAAUGAGGCACCCAACUGAUUCAAUGGAAUGGAAAUCAUUUGAUGAGCUUCGUCCCUCAUUUGCGGCCGAGCCUCAUAAUGUUCGACUUGGACUUGCUAGUGAUGGAUUUCAGCCAUUUCGGAGUUCAAAAACCUCAUAUAGCAUUUGGCCAGUGGUACUUAUUCCUUAUAAUUUACCACCUUGGUUGGGUUUGAAACAAGAAAUUUUCAUUGUGUCAAUGCUAAUACCUAGUCCAGAUAGUCCAGGAGAUGCAAUUGACAUAUAUCUGCAGCCCAUGAUAGAAGAACUGAAGGAGUUAUGGGAAUUUUGUAUAGAGACUUUUGAUGCAUCAACUAGACAGAAUUUCAAGUUACAUGCUUCUUUGUUAUGGACCAUCAAUGACUUUCUAGCAUAUGAAAACUUAUCUGGAUGGAGUAAAAAAGGGAAAUUGGCAUGCCCGUGUUGCAACAAAGAUACUUACUCAAUCAGAUUGGCUAAUAGUAAGAUACAGUGUUUUAUGGGUCAUCGGUGUUACCUUCCUCUUAAUCACAAAUGGAGGAAUGAUAGGGCGUCAUUUGAUGGUACAAAAGAGAAAAGGCUUCCACCAAAAAUGCAUUCUGGUGUUGAGAUAUUUAAUCAAGUACAAGAUCUUGAAGUGUUGUAGUUAACAAAGGAUCCAAAGAAAAGGAUCAAGAUAUCACAUGAUGGCCGAAAUGAUAAUUGGAAUAAGAAGAGUAUCUUUUUUGAACUUCCCUAUUGGAAAUCUCUCUUGUUGCGAAAUAAUUUGGAUGUUAUGCAUAUCGAGAAAAAUAUAUGUGAUAAUAUUUUGGGGACGAUCAUGAAUGCCAAAGGAAAGACCAAGGACACCAUAAAUACUCUACUAGAUUUGCAAGAAAUGAACAUUAGGUUGGAAUUGCACCCUAUCAAAAAAGGAGAAAAAUAUGAAGUUCCAACAGCUUGUUACACAUUAUCUCCUCAAGAAAAGCACAACUUAUGUCUAUUUUUAAAGAAUUUAAAGGUCCCAGAUGGAUUUUUAUGUAAUAUUUCUCAAUGUGUUAACUUGAAAGAUCACAAGAUUUUUGGCUUAAAGAGUCAUGAUUGCUAUGUUCUUCUACAACAUUUACUCCCUCUUGCGCUACGUGGUAUGUUGUCCAAAACAGUUUGUGAACCCCUUGUUGAGUUGUGCUUGUUUUUUAAUGUGCUUGGAGCAAAGGUAUUAAGAACUGAUGACUUGGAACAAAUUGAAGCUCAAAUUCCUAUAACUCUUUGCAAGUUAGAAAAGGUCUUCCCUCCUUCAUUUUUUGAUGUCAUGGUGCACUUGCCUGUUCAGUUAGCUAAUGAAGCUAAUCUUGCUGGACCGGUUCAGUAUCGGUGGAUGUAUCCUAUAGAGCGAUGGUUAUAUUUUUUGAAAUCUCUCAUUGGUAAUAGGGCUUGUCCGGAAGAUUCUAUUGCAGAAGGUUACCUUGUAAAUGAAAGUAUGACCUCAUGUUUGAGGUAUCUGCAUAGAAUUGACACAAAGUUUAAUCAGCCAGAAUGAAAUUAUGAUGGUGGUUUACCAAAGUCCAAUGGAGGUCUAUCUCUAUUUUGUAAAUCUGGAAAAGCUUUAGGAGCUCCAAAACAGCGUGACGUUGAAGCAGGCACAUAUAUACAUAUUCAAGAAUUGUGAUGAAGUUCUACCAUUUCUAGAAGAGUUUGCACAAAUUCAUGUAGAUGCUACUCUACACUUGUCCGAUGCAGAAUGGAACAGGCAGUUUAUUGAAUGGUUUAAAGAUAGGGUUGCACAAUUGCAUAAAGGAGAUGAUAGUCGGUUCAUGGAAGAUCUCCUCGUACUUUCACGUGGUCCUACCCCAUAUGUGUUACGUUAUAAUGGCUACAUUGUUAAUGGAUAUAGAUUUCAUGUAGAAGAUUAUGAUAAACAUUUAAGGACUCAAAAUUGUGGUGUGAUUGUUGUCGGUGAGACUGAUGAACAUAGGGAGAAUAUUGAUUACUCUGGAGUUUUAACCGAUGUUCUUGAAUUGAAAUUCACGGGAAGAAUAGUGAUUUUGUUUGAAUGUAAUUGGUUUGAUGCGUAUGAUAACACGAAAGGAAUUAAAACAGAUGAGUAUGGCAUCGUAAGUGUUAAUUAGGGGCGAUUUUUAAAAAUAAAUGAGCCUUUUAUAUUAGCGGACCAAGCAUCUCAAGUAUUUUAUGCUAAUGAUAAUUCCAAUAAGGGUUGGUGUGUAGCGAGAAAGACGCAACCUCGUGAUUUUUCUGAGGUUGUGCAAAAAUUGGAUGAUGAUGUUGUAGAUUUAGAAAAUCCUACACAAAAUAAGCGAUAAAGAACGACUGAGGUGUACUAUCUCUUUAUGCUAUUAACAAAUUCAUUAUUAUACAUUCUGAUUACAUGAUUUCUCUGUUAGUACAUUUUCUUAUAAUGUUUUAACUUCUUUUUUUUUUGUAGGUUUGAUAAGAAACCAUCAAAGAAUGAAAAUGAGGUGGAAUCCACUAUGAAAGCUACUGAAUAUGCGUUUGUUACAGCAGGUUCUAUUGGGAAGGGACGAGGGAGAGGGCUUAAAUUUAUGUAAUAUGCUUUUUUUCUUCUUAGCAUGUGUGAAGUGUGGCUUUAGUGUUCCUGGAAACUUAGUACGUAUUAAAUAAGUUCAUUGACAAAUCCACAACUGAGACAAUAAUAUUAUUUUGGACUAAGAGCUCACAUUUGUGUGUAAACUUAAAAUCUGGAUGGAAUUCCAUAUUCUUACUAGUGUAUAUAGGAACUUAGCACGUGAGGAUUGUGGCUUAGAGCUAUGAUAUUAGUUCAUUCCCAGACCUGUGACCGAGUUAUGGCAAUUGAAUUUUUCCAUUAUCAGUUGAUGUGAAAUGUGAUAAGAUUAGAUUGUCAAUAUUAAUGUAGCAACUUGGAAAUGGUUUUAUAUAUAGAAGAGAUUGUCAUGCUGGCUGUAAAUAUGAGCCUGCUCUGCUAUUAUUGGAGUUACUUAGUGUAAAUUGUGAAAUUUAAUUUUUUCUUAAAGGGUAACAUAGGCCAACAGAUAAAUGUUCUUACUCAGUUUACAACCUUGUAGAAAUGUUCUUGUCAUAAGCAUAGAUGACAUAAGCAGAGAUGACAACUUCUCUCACAGGUUUCUUCUCUUGUUCAGUAUUUUCACCUUGCUGAAUUGCAAAAAUUUAAAGAUACAUUUUAAAGAGCUGUUUAACACCUUAUUUGUUUCAUAUCUUUGGCCCUCUAUAUACAGUAAUUGGAUUUUCCGUUUGCUCCAAACGAGCACUUUUAAUUUAUGUAUUGGAUGUCAACCGAAGUUUGAUUUAUUGCAGGAUAUAUUUGAGUGAUGACAUGGAUAUUCUUUGGGAUCAUAUUUUCUGAUGGAUGAAAGAGUUAUGGAACAAAUGGAGAGGACAAUUGCAUUCAAAUUUUAAAGGAUCGCUUGUCUAACUUUGAAAAAUGAGAUGAAAGAACUGAAGCAAUUGAAAGAGUGGUUUUUAUUUUAACACUCCAAUUUCCAGCCUUUGACAUCAGAAUGCUUCGAAGAAUGACUAUUCCUUUGAUGAUGCCAAAAUUGAUAGAACAAAUGGAGAUUUGGGCUGUUGUUACAGUGUUGGCGUAUGGAAAUUGAAGUUCACGAGAAGCAAAAGGUCUAUGUACAAAUUGAAGUUCAUGAGAUUGACCAUCAUUUUGCUAGGAAUGUUGGGAAAAUUAUAUAUUACAGUCUUGGGGGUCUAUGUUCAAAAUACUGUGACUAAAUUACAUCAUUGAUGUACAUUGCCAGUAACUGAUGGUGUUCAUGUUUUGUAAUUAAUCUUUCUAUAUAUAUGAAAUCAGCGUCAACUUUACAUUAAUUGCCAUAUUUUC